UUCUUGCUUCUUCCACUGUAAAAAUCUUGCUUAUUCAAAAAGUUACCCUGCAUUUUUCUCUCAUCUCCUGGUAAAUCUCCACUUCCUACUUCUACUGCGUUUAAUCUCAACCUCCAUUGGUCAGUUCCCGGAGCUCCACAGAUUCUUGUUGCCUUGCGUUAAGAUUUUGCUGCAACGUGAGUUGAGACUUCCUUCAGAUUAAUUUCAACCAUGGUAAGUUUCGGGAAUGGUGGAUCGAAGCAGCCAACCUUAGUGUCGUUUUAAGACCUAGCCAUUGAUUGAUUCCUUCCUCCACUUGCUUUCAACUUCCAAGCUUUACAACUGCAGAGCAGAUACCUUUCCCCUCCCUAGAAGAUUAGCCAGCAAGGGAGGUCAGGAACCCCCCUAAUCCCAGCUGCGUGCCCCUUUUGUUGUUGUUGCUGCUGCUGCUGCUGCUGUUCCUUCGCGUCUCAAUUGCUGCAUUUGCUCCGAAAUGCUUGAAUCUCCCGCUUAAAAAUCGAUUUUUGAUGGCGGAUUUUGUAGUCCUGGCUCGGUGAUUGAUCUGGAAGCUUUGAUAGGCUUCUGACUGCAAUGGCUUCAAGGUCGGGGUUUUCCAGGUGGUGGGCGAGGGAGAAGCGGCAGCAGCAGAAGGGCACGCCGGUGGUGGUGACGAUGGAGAAUCCUAACUACUCCGUUCUCGAGAUCGCAGCCACCGGCGACGAAGCGUUCCCCGCCACGGACAAGGGCCGCGGCAAGAACGCUAAGCAGUUCACCUGGGUGCUUCUCCUCAAGGCCCACCACGCCGCCGGCCGCCUUGCCUCGGCGGCAGCGUUGCUGUGGGCGCUGCCGGGAGCCAUCGGUAAAAGGUUGGUUUCCCAUCGCCGCGUUGACGAUGCUUCCGAAAAGCCCCAUUUGCUGCUGAAGCUAAUCAAGGGCCUCCUGUUCUUCUCCCUGGCCGCACUGGCGUUCGAGCUCGUUGCGUACUGGAACCGGUGGCACUUCCGGCAGCCAGAAUUGCAUUUGCCGGAGGCGAUCGAGAUCCAGGGGUGGAUCCACUCCGCCUACCUCUCAUGGCUUUCCUUCCGAAUUAACUACAUUGCUUACCCAAUCCAAAUCCUGUCAAACAUGUGCAUAGUUUUGUUCAUCAUACAGUCUCUGGACAGGCUCUUCUUGUGCUUUGGCUGCUUCUGGAUCAGAUUGAAAAAGAUCAAACCAAAGGCCGAAGACGAUGGCUACAAGUACCACCCUAUGGUUCUUGUCCAAAUUCCUAUGCGUAAUGAGAGAGAGGUGUAUGAGCAAUCGAUCUCUGCUGUUUGCAAAAUCGAUUGGCCGAGAGAUCGAUUGCUGAUUCAAGUGCUCGACGAUUCUGAUGAUGGAGCCAUCCAGCUACUCAUCAGCACUGAGGUUUCCAAAUGGAGUCGGAGAGGCGUAAACAUAGUGUACCGACAUCGGUCGGCGACGACCGGUUACAAGGCCGGCAAUCUCAAGUCCGCUAUGAGCUGUGAAUACGUGAAGGACUAUGAGUUCGUCGCGAUAUUUGACGCUGACUUCCAGCCCAAUCCUGAUUUCCUCAAGCUCACCAUUCCACACUUCAUGGGGAAUCCUGAGCUGGGACUGGUCCAGGCGAGAUGGAGCUUCGUAAACACCAACGAGAAUCUAUUGACUCGCCUUCAAAAUAUCAAUCUCGCCUUUCACUUCGAAGUCGAGCAACAGGUCAACGGCGUCUUCUUGAACUUCUUCGGAUUUAACGGGACGGCGGGCGUAUGGAGAAUCAGGGCGCUGGAGGAUUCGGGAGGAUGGCUUGAGAGAACGACCGUGGAGGACAUGGACAUUGCUGUUCGCGCUCACCUCCAUGGUUGGAAGUUCGUCUUCUUAAAUGAUGUAAAGGUGUUAUGCGAAGUCCCUGAAUCUUUCGAGGCGUACCGGAAGCAGCAGCAUCGGUGGCACUCCGGACCGAUGCAUCUAUUCCGGAUAUGUUUUCCGGCUAUCAUAGCUUCCAAGAUUUCAACGUGGAAGAAGGCAAACUUGAUUCUUCUAUUCUUUCUAUUAAGGAAGUUAGUUCUUCCUUUCUAUUCAUUUACAUUGUUUUGUGUAAUUCUUCCACUGUCCAUGUUCGUCCCGGAGGCCCAACUGCCUGUUUGGGUCAUCUGCUACGUGCCCAUCGUAAUGUCUUUCCUCAACAUUCUUCCGGCGUUGCGAUCGUCCCCCUUCAUCGUGCCUUACCUUCUCUUCGAAAACACCAUGUCGGUGACCAAAUUCAAUGCCAUGGUCUCGGGACUAUUCCAACUCGGGAGUUCAUACGAAUGGGUCGUCACCAAAAAGGUCGGCCGGUCAUCAGAAUCCGACCUCCUACCUGCUGCGGCUGUAAGCAAAAUAAGCAAACUACAACACGUAAAGGCCAACAAGAUCUACAAAAAGGAGCUGGCCCUUUCGUUCCUCCUCCUCACUGCGGCCGUUCGGAGUCUGCUGUCGGCUCAGGGGGUUCACUUCUACUUCUUGCUCUUCCAGGGCGUCUCGUUCCUCGUAGUGGGUCUCGAUCUCAUCGGGGAGCAAAUGAGCUGACAUUGCACUGAAGAAAGGACAGUCAUGUUCAGAUUGGAUUUUUUUUUCUACUUUAACUCAGACAAGUGAUACUAGAGAGCUUCAUUGCAUCUCUUUGUCCUCUCAAACAAUAAGACCAUCGCUUCAAAGGUCAUGUGUAAAAAAGCUAUGUAUAGUUUGCAUUGAUUCAGUUAAUUAUUAUUACACAGUUGGAAAAACA